GUUUAUCUUAGCGCUACCGCCAGCCAAAAAAAAAGUUCUGAGCUCGAGUUCUCCUUUGCAAAAACCAUCAACUGCGCCGCUGUUGAUCACCUUCGUUGGGAGAUUCGUUGCGCAUUGUGGAAUACCCCUUCUCACCAUUUUCGAACUUCUUUGAGCAUUGACUUUGAGAGAAUUGGUUAUUAACAAUCAAAUAUGCCUCUUCUUCCUGUUGCCCUAUAUGGGCUCGAAGUCCCAUGCGGAGAUGUUCUCGUCCCAGCUGUCCCAGACUUUCCAGCCACAUUCCGUAUCACAAUGGCUGCGAUUGACCCCAGCGAGCCAGCAGAGAUUCAAGAGACUGCCAAUGGCACCACCCGUCCCCGAGCCACUUUGAAGAUCGUCCGCCAACCUGAGGGUUCCGAGGAUGACGAGGAGUCUCAAGAAUAUAUGCGUGCCUUGUUGGCCGACAGCAGCUCUGAAGAUGACAGUGACAGCGAGUCUGAUGAGGAAGAGGAGGCGAACGGAGGCCCUUCCGAUCCAAGCAAGUCUAAGAAGGCCCGAAAGGCAGCUGCUCUCCAGCAACUCAUGGACUCCAUUGGGGGUGCCUCCGACGAGGAGAUGGAAGACGCGCCUAACGGCACAAAUGGCACUAAGCUCGACAAGAAGGGCAAGGCGAAGGCCACCAGCGAUGAUGAGGAAGAAAGUGAUGAGGAGAGUGACGACGACGAGGAAGAGAUCGAAGUUGAAGAGUUUGUGCUCUGCACUCUCGACCCCGAGAAGAACUUCCAGCAGCCACUAGACAUUACUAUUGCAGAGAAUGAGCGCGUUUUCUUCAAGGUUUCUGGUACUCACACCAUCUAUCUCACUGGCAACUAUGUAAUCCCCGACGACGAUGGUCACAACCACCACCACGAGGUCUAUGACUCGGAUUCCGAGGACGAGGAGGAAUAUGACUUGUCACCUGAUGAGGAUGAGCUUGACAUGGAAGAAGAUGAGAGCGAUGAUCUGGACGCCCUCGAGAAUCCUCGUCUUACAGAGGUUGAUUCUGAUGAGGAAGAGGCACCAAAACUCGUUGCCAAGGCUGAGAAGAAGGGAAAGAACAAACGCUCAGCCGAUCAGAUCACUGAAGGCACCUCUCUUGAUGAUAUCAUGGCCAAAUCACUCAAGCCCGAUACGGAUGAGGAGCAGAAGCUCACCAAGAAGCAGUUGAAGAAGCUAAAGAAAAACAAUGGUGAGGCGGCAGCUGUCAAGAGCGAGGAAGCGAAGACUACCGAGUCCAAGGACCAACCUUCUACAAAGACUGACAAGACCGACAAGAAAGUUCAAUUUGCAAAGAAUCUCGAGCAGGGUCCUACUGGUUCCGCUGAGAAGGCCAAGACUGAAGCUGCAGAGCAGAAGGCGGGCAAGGCGGCAUUGGGCGUUAAGACCGUCAAUGGUGUUAAGAUUGAUGAUAAGAAGCUCGGUUCCGGUCCAGCAUGCAAGAAAGGUCACAAGGUCAGCAUGCGUUACAUUGGCAAGCUCACAGAUGGCAAGGUCUUUGACUCAAACACGAAGGGCAAACCAUUCUCGUUCAAGCUCGGAGCCGGGGAGGUUAUUAAGGGUUGGGAUAUCGGCGUUGCUGGCAUGUCCGUCGGCGGCGAACGCAGAUUGACCAUCCCAGCAAACCUGGCCUAUGGCAGCAAGUCCAUGCCUGGUAUUCCAGCUAACAGCACCCUGGUCUUCGACAUCAAAAUGCUGGAAAUCAAGUAAUCCUGCUCGCGAGAACCUACUCAACUGAUGUUUAUGACUUUCUGUUGGAUUCAUGCGAUAUAAUAAGGCGAAAGCUCUCAUUAUCGACUUCCUCUCUGCUGUACAAUUUCCGAUACACCCCUCACACCGGUCAAUUUCUUUAUCUCACUCAUAAUCCACUUGUGCCGCAAAGCCUGCUUUGCAUAAGUCUCCGACCUGAGUGGUUCUGUGAUGAACUGUCUUACUUUGGACGGGAAGCAGAAAAUGCGACAUGGAAUGAGGAGGUUUGCAUAGCAUCAUGGGCGUUGUUAAAAAGUUAAGAUUGCACAUUGUUCACAGCCUAGGUUAAGGGCUUGCUCGUCAGGUAGUAAAUGCAAAAAUCACAUAACCUAUGAUCUGCUCGUCAAGUGCUGUGGUGUCUCGCACCUGCACUCUCUACUCGCACUUUCCUGCGCGGGAGACGCUAAAGAAACAAGACUUCCAU